AGCGUAGAGGGCAGCUGGGCCACAUUUUGUUAUGUAGCGUCUCCAAGACACAACUGUGCACCAUGGCCGCAGAGAAACAGCGUUUACCGGUACUUUGGAGUGGAAGAGGCGACUGUUGACUGUGAUAUUUUUCUUUUAUUCUUCAGUUUUCACGGCGCAGGAAUAAAAGCUCUCCCGAGGCUACUGUGUUUAUAGUAUAUCAGCGGGAGGCAUUGUCUGUGCGUGGCGACUGUUGUUGUCGGCAUCGUGUGCUCACGUCGACGCUAAGCUAGCGCGGCUGCUGGCUCGGUCGGUCUGCGUGGUGGGACCUGGUGAUGUUGUCCGUGCUGUCGUACGGCAGAUUGGUUGCCAGAGCUGUCAUCGGCGGACUCUCUCAGACAGACAGUCGCGACUACAGCCUGGUGACGGCGAGCUGCGGUUUCGGCAAGGAUUUUCGUAAAGGCAUCCUGAAGAAAGGGAUGUGCUAUGGGGACGACGCGUGCUUCAUAGCCCGGCACAGAUCCGCGGAUGUUUUGGGUGUGGCAGAUGGAGUAGGUGGUUGGCGGGACUAUGGCGUGGACCCGUCGCAGUUUUCGGGUACACUGAUGAAGACGUGCGAGAGACUGGUCAAAGAAGGACGUUUCGUUCCCAGCAACCCUGUGGGAGUCCUCACGAGCAGCUACUAUGAGCUGCUGCAGAACAAAGUGCCACUACUGGGCAGCAGCACAGCCUGCAUUGUGGUAUUGGACCGCCAGAGUCAUCGGCUGCACACAGCCAAUCUGGGAGACUCAGGCUUCCUGGUGGUUCGGGGAGGGGAGGUGGUUCACCGCUCUGAUGAACAGCAGCACUACUUCAACACACCCUUCCAGCUGUCCAUCGUUCCCCCUGGGGCCGAGGGGGCCGUCCUCAGCGACAGCCCUGAUGCCGCAGACAGCUCUUCCUUCGACGUCCAGCUGGGUGACAUCAUCCUCACAGCCUCCGAUGGGCUCUUCGAUAACAUGCCUGACUACAUGAUCCUGCAAGAGCUGAAGAAGCUCAAAAACACAAACUAUGAGAGCAUCCAGCAGACUGCCCGGAGCAUUGCAGAGCAGGCGCACGUUCUGGCGUAUGACCCCAACUACAUGUCGCCUUUUGCACAGUUUGCCUGUGACAACGGACUGAAUGUCAGAGGAGGAAAGCCAGAUGACAUCACGGUACUGCUCUCCAUAGUGGCAGAAUACACCGACUAGAGUCUGUGUGGGACUGUGACUUAGGGGGCAUCUGCCUCUGCAGGUGAUGGACUGCUUUGAUUCCUGCUGGCCAGGAUGAAGGACUGAUGUUGGAUGCUUCCCCCGCAUCCCCUGGCUUUAUUCUGCCUCAAACCCCAGCUGACAAUCACUCCCUUCAGCCCCGCCCCUAACCCUACUCCAAAAAAAACCUCCUACAUGCCCACUUCUCUGUUAUCAUGUGUAUCAGAGAGUGGCAGAAUAAAAAGGAAUGGAGGACUCUUGGCCAGGCUGCAGUGUUGGCAUCUUGCCACUGUUCCAGUCUCACUGGAUAAUCCUAUUGUCCGGGAUAAGCAGUCAUUGGGCACGUUGUUGAUUUGGGCACGGAGGAGGUCGAGAUUCAAAGAUGGGGCAGAUGUAGCUAGCAGGCGCGAGGUGUUCGACUGUUUAAGCAGCCCCAUGCUGGGCUGCCAGAAUGGAAAGAUUCAGUCCAUCAGUAGUGUCAAGAAAGGAACUGUACAGGAAACAGCAGCAUUAGGGCUGAAUAAAUGGCCUGCUUUGUGCAAGCGGAUGUUCCUGAUGAUACAGUGAUAGUUAGAAAAAAGGGCCUGGAACCUUGUAAGUGUUUGAUAAUAUGAUGUGACUUGUGUGCUGUUCUGGGAUGUUUUGUUGAGUGUUUGCGAAAGAAGUAGUGUAUGUGACGUUUAUACAUUUUGUUUAGUUUCUUGGGGUAAAUUGAUCCAAUAAGAUUUUAUGAAGAGCGGCAGCUGCCUUUUCCAUACCAGUGCGAGUAUUGCACACAUUUUGUUACUUUGUGGCUGUUAGAAAGAGGCUUAUAGUUCAAAAGCCUCUCAAAAUAUAUAUUGUGUCAAACUAAUGCCCCCCUCCCCUUUAAUCUCACAGCUGCUGCUGAAGUCUUGAUUGUGAUUACAUGUGAUGUGAGAAUGAAUGUGUGUAUGCGUGAUGAAUGCACUCAUGUCAGUGCAUCUAUUGUGAGUAGUAUCAAUGAAGUGAAUGUGAAGGUGACAGACUUCUCCAUAUUCACUGGGCUGAAUUGGUCUCAUAGCCUUAAACGCACAAAGCUUAAGAAGCAUAUCUGAAAAAAAGCGCAACACAGUGGAAGUUGGUCAUGUGACCAAAUGUAUUUUUGUAAUGUCUUUGUUCAUUGGGAUUGGACUGUUCACCACAUCAGAGUAGCUUUAGAAACUGUUGUUCACAAUCAGAGUUUCCUUUCCUCCUUUCCUCCCCUGCUAUAAAGCUCCAAAUGGCACAUUCAAAAGUCAGGCCACUGCAGGUUUCAUGUGAAAAAUGGUUGCCAUGUUGCUUUUCCAUCACUACAGAUUUGCACUCUGCAUUUACCAAAACUUUCACCCACAGAUAAAAAAUAUUUCUUAGUAAAGUCUGUAUUUUGUAUAAUGUUGCAAUGAUGUGCCUUGUAUCAGGUGUUGUUGAUACUGGCAAACAUAAUUCCUUAAACCCCUCCGAAUAUGUGGCAGGUACUGAGCACAAAGCCUGAAACUGUUAAAUAGCCAUGAGAGUUAAAAACAGCUUUCCCAUCAUGCCCUGCUGUCUUAACACGAGACCUCUUUGCCUACAGUAUGUUCAACCGUUUUUCUCCUGAAAUCUGCUUUUGCGCACCAUGUCAGGAGCUGAGAAUUAGUGAUAAAGCCAUCUCACGCUUAGAAAAUCCUCCCUGUGGAUACUCAGAUCACUGUUUAAAAUCUGCACUAUCUAAUGAAUGGACUGUUUCCCUGCUUUAUCUGACAUGUUCACACUGGAAGACUGCAGUGUCAGGUAUCCAUUUGAAAUGGGGCUAAUGGGCUUAGAUGCAGUCAAUGGUCAAAAUGUGAGCUUAAAGCAUUAUAGCACUGAGGACAAUCUAAGCAGCCUUAACUAUAUUACAAAGCAAUUCUCCCAGUCAGAUGGUACUGCCACUGUGGGCUCUGUGGUUUCCUGCUUCCUGACUCACACCUGCCCUCACUCUCUUCCCUGUCAUUUCCCAUCUACUUCAUCUUCCUCUUACAAAAACAAACUUUGUUACAACCAGAGCAUGUGUGUCUAUGUGUGUGUGUGUAUAUAUAUAUAUAUUUAUAUAUAUAUGUAUAUAUAUAUAUAUUACACAUAAACAAACUAGAGAUUGAAGCUCUGUGAAAAAGCAUUUUCAAAUCUGAACAAUAUUUAAAUAAAGAGUUUAGUAUUUAUUA